CUGAAAGCGACAUCUGCUCCUUUGCCCUUAUCAAGAACCACUACGCCGCCAAGAAUGACCUCACCACCAACCUUUUUGUACCGUCAACCCGUCCAACGGCACUUCAAGCGCUUUAUGAGGCCGCCUCCAAGACGCCCGUCCACGUUAUGCGUCAAUUGGAUAGGUGGCGUCGCGACGGUCAUCGCACUUCCCGGUUCUUCCUCUGUACGCCGGUUCUUGGAGCCAAGCGCCGGAAGAUUAGGAAUAAGGUGGACAUCGAUAUCGAAACAAGCAUGCCUGCCGCAGUCGAGGAGCUUAGAAGAUGGACAUCGAACGAGGCUUUGGGUGACAUAACCGUCACUCCAGAUUGCGCCAAUCGCAUUGGCCCGAAUGUCAGCAUGACGGACGGCGAUGCCACGGAUGGCACGAUAGCGUCGGAUGACGAAGGCAUCGACCAUAAACUACCCUCUCCCGAAGAACAACUCCAAGUCGUGGCGCUCAAAUUCCCAGCAGAGAUCGUCGCUGUAGAUAUAUCGGGAAGAAACUUCGAUCGGAUGUCAAUACAGCGGCGCUCGCUCAUACAAGGAGAGGUAGUGAACCGAACGACAGAUGGCGACACACGUAGAAGGACUAGAAGCAGGAAGCCGCGUAACAGGAGGAGAAAUACGCUCGCGGGUACAGAUCAAAAAGAAAUUCGCGAUGCUUUAACCGCAGGGGAGGAGCCUUCCUCACCGACAUAUAACCAUGAGACUGAAUCUACAACUACUGGUGCUGUAAGUAGGAGCAAAAGCAGUGAUAUCUUGCGCUCAGCAAGCAAGAGAGAAUCGCCAGAAAUCAAAAAGUCUCAUUUCAACACACUCAAACAAUGGGGCAAGAGCAGAUACGACAAGUUGAUGAACAAAAGCUCUGAAUCCAAGGCGGAAGCAAGAAUCAAAGACGAUAUCGACGACUUCAACGUACACGAAACAGUGACCAUGAAGAGGAAACGAGACAUGGAUAAGGAGAGGAAAACACACGAACGUAAUGCGUCCAUAUCGUCUUCGGAAAAAUCAAGCAUUCACAUGCAAACUCCUAACCCUCUCUCGUCAGUUAUGAACAUGGCGGUCAAAUUGCGAGACAGCUCAGUGCAGAGGCGUCUCAGAAGAACUGGUGGAAAUAAAGACGAACCGCAUUCUUCCAGUGGUAACUGGAGCGCCAGCUCCGAGAGUGGAAGAGCCUCCAUAGGCUCGGAAAUCACCACAACCACUCAACCCAAGUCGACAACCUCCGCAGCAACUUCGAGCAACUCGCUAAACCAUCAAUCAAGCUCGGUCAACAGUAGGAGAAGAUUCAAUAACACGUCCACAUCCAGCAGCGUUACUAGCGAAGGCACUCUGACUCCUGAUAUAAUUCACGACUUACACGAAGAUGGCGAGACGAGUUCGGUAUAUUCUUGUGAUACGGAGGGAUAUUACACCUCUUUCCACUUGGACAGUGGUUUGAAAACUCUCAAGGAGGAAGACACUCCGCCUACACCAUUACAUUCCACGUCAGCUUUCUCAAACUCAGGGUCUACUGUGCUGUCGGCUGAAAAUGAGUACGAGCUGUUCGGCAAAGGGUCUACUUCAACCACAACCAGCUCGGCCGGUACUGUAUGCACCACUUUGCGUGCCUCGGACAGCAACAAAUCACUAGUAAUCGGUCCUGUAGUUCCAGAAAGAAAAAGUUCCUUAACCAAAUCGUCCAACCGAUCACCGGAAAGUUCACUAGAAAGAGACUUCAGCGAUAAAACCGGCACUGUGAAGCGCAGUCCUGCGACCAAUAUGAAGCCAGUGGUUGUAGCUCUCGUACACAAGCAGUCCAACGACGGAGACGUUUCGCCAGACAGUGGACACAAUACCUCUAGUUCCCCCAUAGAGUCGAUAAGUAGUCCCAACGGCGUUCGAACCAGUUCCGACUUCGAUUUUUCUGAAUCUUCUGACAUGGAAGGCCCAGAAAGAAUUGAAAGGAUCCGAAUAAAAACCACGAUAAACUCCAGCAGAAUACCGUCGAUGUGCGUCAUCACACCUCCUCACAGCGACGACGAAAGUGAGCACAGCAGCAACUCCUCGCACAAAAACUAUCAGAAACAAAUGGAGGAGAAGAACAACUUCAAUCAAAGAAAGGGCGAACAAAACGAGAAUGAGAAAGAUGUUAAAAAGAAAUGUGAUGAGUCUGGUGAUAUACAUCGCAUCAUAAGCACAACGGUAAAUGGUUCCAAUAAGUUUUCCUUGAUUACGGUGGAUCCUCAGUCUGGGUACGCUACCCUCGAGAGGAUAGAUCAACCCGACGGAGGAAGCAAAACGAAAAGUGCUUUGGACAAUGUUAUUUCUAGUUCCAACAACAUCCGAGCACCCAGUCCGAGCGGCGGCACUGUGACCGUCAAGGAAGAAGCUAAUUUGAAUAAAUCCCCUUCGCAGCCUAUCAUUAAAGCUUCUCUUCUCCCUAUGAACAUGUUCGGGCGACUCAAAACGAAUAUUGUGAAUUUCGCUCACAAACGCGAUCGAAGUAAGUCCCCAGGCAUGAACAAGGAUCAAAGAAAAAUUGAUGACAUUCUCUUUGACGCGGGAGAGUAUGUUACUAUCGCUGACGUGAGAAACAAUAACGAGAAGAUAGCUUUGUCUUCUGAAGAGUCAAACUAUGCCAACGAUAUUGUUAACAAGAAUUUGACAAACGUGUUGUCUGGUAAGAUACGGGACACAGAAUACGUGAGUCUUGAUGAACUUCCCUGUAACGAAAACAACAACAUCACCUACACAAACCUGGACUCAGUAGAAAGCAAGAAGCAAGGCGCCAGGGUAAUGCUAGACGCUGAAGGUAAAGUUGUUUACAGUUCGGAUAGUUUGAGGAGAAGGAAAGGCGCGCAUACCACGUUCGCACCUGGAAAGAACGUAAAACCGACGACCAGUCCCAGUCAUAGCCCGCUGCCAAAUCAGAGGACUAUAAAGUCGGUGAGGCCAGUUUCCAAUACCCAGAGUCAGAUGGUAGCAGCAGUACCCACUGUCGAGUUCAAUCGUCCGGUUUCUCCAAAAUUAGAGACUAUUCCAAUGCCUCUGAUUACACCAUCGAAACCAAAUUCUCCUAGGAUUUUCUCCCGGGAAGCCAACUAUUAUACACGAGAAGCUGGAUCCGAUUCGCCUGCUCACGAAAAAGAACGAGUGCAAACACCAGCAACGCAUCAAAUAAUAACAAAUAUUACACCUGGCAAUCCAGAUUACCAGAAAGCUAACCCGAAAGGAAUGUACAAUUACGGCGAUCAAAUCCUAGAAAUGGACACCAACAGGUAUCUAUCGAAUCAAUACUAUCUUCAACGUGGUAGCCCGACGUACUCCACACUCCCACUGAAGAAAACCCAGUUUUUCACCGAUGAAAUAAAAACUGAAAGAUCCAUCACACCCGACAUCACAAGAGGCCUAGAGAGGAAUCACACGAACAGUUUUGGUCGAACGGAAAAUAUUCAAGACGCAUCGACGAGGAAUUUUCACAAACCUGCAAAGAUGGGCAUUCCUGUUCAAAUGCCAGAUAUCAACAGACUCACUUUCCAGAACGUGCCUUCAAUCGAUACAUUGAACGAAAAUCGGAACUAUGUACCCAUCCGACCAUAUGAAGAGGGAGAUUCCCUAAGAAUUUCUCCAAUAGACCCCAGACACUCCGGUGGUUUCCAGUCUUCAACGCCUUCCGCUAAGAAUAAAGAACUGAGGGCAGCUUCAAACUUGGAAAGUAAGUUACUAUCUCCCAAAAAGUCAACAAUGUCAAAUGAAGAACUGUAUGCUGUCAUUCACAAGAGCAAGAAAAAAAUGAACAUAGAUACAGACGACACACCUAGGUCUUCGCCGGUGACAGUGCAAAGCGAACCUGCUUCCAGACCAACGGUAAAACCUCCCGAAUCUGGAUAUCUGGGAGACAAAUCCAAAUCCAGGUUGAGCUGGUCUCCUAGUAAGGGAGAGUAUGUGGAUUUCAACCAAGACAUAGACAAACUGUCACCUCCAAACGAGUCCAGGUCUAGGCAAAGCUGGGCGUGCAGCGACAGAAAACCAAAGAUCAAACAAACUUCUACAAUUGAUUUUAAAAGACUGCUUCUUCAAAAAUCCAGCAUCGGUUCUCCGAAGAAACUAUCGGCUGUUGAGCAGCUCAAGUUGUCCAAGCAGCAAGUACAACAUCCUCAGCCAAAGACUCAACCGGAAAUGAACAUUUUGGACUUGAGUGGUUCGCCGAGGAGCUUGGUGAAUAGGAGAUUUAUGAACAAUCAACCUUCCUCCCCGAACCGAGAGCCUAAACCUGCAGCUAAAAUACUGUCACCGAGAUCUCAGUGGCGGUUCGCCAGUCCGAGGAGUGACGUUCUCUCUUCUACAAUACUGGAAGAUUGUAGAGAAGACGAGAGCCCUAACAGUUCUGGGGAAAGGAAGGCCUCACCUAAGUAUGGAAACAAAAAUAAUAGUACAAAUGAUAAAAAUGAAACUUCGUCGCCUAAAGGAAUGCCAAGAAAUAACUCUGAAACAAAGUCUUAUACCUCUGCAACGCAGAGACUUCAUGCUCAAAGAGCUCAAUUUUUCAAUCCUGUGACACAGACAAGUAGUCACUUGAGAGGACAAGAAGCUAAGGAUAAGUCUAAUCCGCCUACUCUAGAAACAGCGUUUUAGUUUUAAGGUUUUGAUUUUUAUUUAUUUUUGUAAAUAAACCUGAACGGAAAGUUUUGGUUUUUCCUAUUUAUUUUCUGGUUUUACUGGCUAGUCGACAAACCAUUAGUUUUUUACAUUUUUAUAACUGAAAUGUUUAAAUAUUAUAUUCAUACAAGUUUUUCAAUUGUACAAACAUUGCUGUAAAUACAUUUUGGUGAUGCUUCCAAAAAAAAAUUGUUUAGUAAAGUUGCCUUAAAUUAUUGUAAAUCUUAAUAUAUUGAUUUUUGUAAAUAAAUGUUUUGAUUUGGCUAAUA